AUGGAUGAAAAUGACGAAGAAGAAGAAGAAGAAGAAGAAAAAGAAAACGAAGAAACAAAGUUUUUCAUUGAUUUCUAUAAAAAAUUCCAUCAAAUCCAAAUGAAUCAAAUCUGGUUUCCAAAAGAUCUACAUGAAUUUCUACAAUUUUAUAAUAUAGAUAAUUUUCCAGUUUUAAAUUUAAAUACUGAAAUUCCCGCUGAAAAAGUUGGUUCAAUUACUCCCAAUGAUUUACAUGAUCUUUUUCAAUUUAAAAUUGAUUCGAAAAAUGUUAAUGAUCUAAUUCAAAAUAUGGAGAAACAAUUCAAUAAUGAUUUUAAACAAAUGAUAGAUGGAAUCAAUAGUUUGAAUAUAGUUACUAUAUGA